AUGCGGCCCGCGGCGCAAGCGGCUGCUCGGCGGCUCUCGCUGAGCGGCGCCCGCGGAUCCCGGGCCGACGGCCGUGCCGCCCCCGGCGCCCGGAGGCCCGGUCUGCCGUUGCCCCGCAGUGGCCCGGUGGAGGUGCUGAUGCCAGUGGUGGGGGAGGGCGCGAGCGUGUGGGAGGAAGGGAUGAGUAAUAUGCCGAAUAAGCUACGGGUGUGCCCUGCCCGGAGAUCAUUGGAGGCACGACGCGUCCGCCAACCGCAGACAGGCGCCGAGCGUUGGCCGCAGCGAGCGCACCUGUGCGCAGCCACUGACCGGUCCUACCCCAAGGCCAGCGGCGAGCGCUACGCCUCUCCGCCCUGGAAGCCGCUCACAGCGCUGCCCCCCGACAGAACGCGACUUCAUCCGUCAAUGAAGCCAUCUGCAUCUCUGGCAGCCCGAGAGCCAUUGACAGGCUCGCAACAGCUCUUUCAGGAGUACUCUUCACUCAUCUCCACGUCUUCGAGCAAUCAGUAUUUACUUCAACAUAUUAAAAGAUAUAUUAAUAUCUCAUCUCAGCGUUACAAGACAGAAGGCCUUGUGAUUUUGACCCGAGCAGAAUCUGCAUUCCGAUCUCAAACACGCACGCGACAUCGUCCUCCAAAGAAUGCGUUCCUGCGAGGAGACGCUGCAUAG